GUGGCCCUCACCCAUCCGACUUGCGAGAGGCAAGGCGUUUUAUGUUGGAUGAGUUAAACCUGGCUACAAAGAAUUUCAGCGAUAUCAAUCUGAUCAGGCAAGGAAAAUUUGGAGAAGUGUACAAGGGUUUGCUUAAUGAUGGGAUGAUUGUGGCCAUCAAAAAGCGGCCUGGUGCACCUAAUCAGGAACUUAUCGAAGAGGAAAACAACCAGCAAAUGCUUGUUUAUGAGUACAUAGCUAAUGGCAGUGUUUCCAGUCACUUAUAUGGUGCAGCUCAGAUCUCCAAUGAACUGCUAGAAUUCAAGAAUAGGCUUUCAGUAGCUCUGGGAGCAGCUAAAGGUGAUCAUUUGCAAAAUCAGGGAGCAUUGGUGGCUCUCCUGGUAUUGGAUUUCUCUUGGUAAAAUAAAAUACAUGAUGGUCUAGAGCUCUCUUAAGCCCAUAUAUACCUCUCCACAUGCACUUCUAAAUGUGGAUAUCCAAUGCAUGCAUUAGGUGGUAUACCGUGUAUAGGACCUAGCCCAAAUAUCAGACAAUCAACUCAUCAGGUGGGCCACACAUGUAUGAAACAAUGGAAGGUUGUAAAUAGAACUGCCAACUGCCCUCAUUCAGCAUACAUGUUGUGGCCCACUCGAUGCAUAAUUCAGAUGUCCACCAAAUUUUGGCACAUGUGGCCACACAUAGGUCACAAUUCUAAAGCUCAGUGAUUUGCUUCAGAACCAGGCUGAGUCAACUCAACUCGACGAGCUUUCAAGUCAAUUCACUAAGAACUAGCUGGUGAAUGUGGCUUGGUCCUGAAUCAACCCAUUGGGUCUGAUUGUGGACUCAGUUGACUCGACAUGACUCAUGGUGACUUAAGCUGAGUCACAAGCUUGGUCAACGGUCAUUUUUUCUUGUACGGUUGGAAAUUUCUCCAGAUAGACAAUUUCCAACUGUACGACCCAUUUUUGGCCCAUUUACCUUUUUAAGCCCAUUUCUUUUUACAUACCCAGAAUACUCCCCAGCCGUACGGACGUCUUGCCAAAGGUUGAAAAUGCUCCUGCAUUUUUUGCAAGUACGGUCGAAGCAGUUGAGGA